UUUUGUUACUCUAGCAACCGAAGGAGGCAUGUUCAAUUUAUGAAGUAUGGAAAUGUGUGUUUAAUUUUUCAGGAUCCAAGUUAGGAACAUGGCGACUCUGAAAGACAUUACCCGACGCUUGAAGUCCAUCAAGAACAUCCAGAAAAUCACCAAAUCCAUGAAGAUGGUUGCUGCUGCAAAGUAUUCCAGGGCAGAGAGAGAAUUAAAGCCUGCCAGAGUUUAUGGUGUGGGGGCAUUAGCUCUCUAUGAGAAAGUAGAGAUCAAGCCCCCCGAGGACAAGAAAAAGCAUCUCAUUGUUGGGGUGUCUUCUGAUCGUGGCCUGUGUGGGGCCAUUCACACCUCUGUGGCUAAAGAGAUCAAGAGCCAGGUCGCCAGCCUCACGGAUUUAGGGAAGGAAGUCAUGGUGGUUGGGAUUGGAGACAAGCUAAGAGGCAUCCUUCAAAGGACGCAUGGUAAGAACUUCCUCUUGAACUUUAAAGAAGUUGGAAGGAAGCCUCCCACUUUUGGAGAUGCAUCGAUCAUUGCUUUGGAGCUGCUGAAUUCUGGAUACGAGUUUGAUGAAGGCUCUGUCAUCUACAAUCGGUUCAGGUCUGUCAUUUCUUAUAAGACUGAUGAGAAACCAAUCUAUUCUCUUGAGACAGUUUCUGGUGCUGAAAGCAUUAGCAUCUAUGAUGACAUUGAUGCUGAUGUCCUGCGAAACUAUCAGGAGUUCACGUUGGCUAACAUCAUCUUCUACUCAAUGAAGGAGUCUACCACAAGCGAGCAGAGUGCUCGGAUGACUGCUAUGGAUAAUGCCAGCAAAAAUGCCUCUGAGAUGAUUGACAAGCUGACCCUGUCAUUCAACCGCACUCGCCAAGCUGUCAUCACCAAGGAACUGAUAGAGAUCAUCUCUGGUGCUGCGGCUCUGCACUAAGGGCUAAACAGAAAGUGAGUUUCGUCCAGAAUCAACAGAUAAAGAGAAAUUCUUCCAGCAAGCAGUUCCUUUCUCAAGCGAGAAGAUUAUUAGUCUGUCAUUCUGUGAAGAAUUCUCAGGCAGAGAAUCCCAUCUGUUUGUAAAUUGUAUUGCAAUAAAGUCCUACAUGAAAGUC